AUGCAGUUCACUACUCUGUCCGCUCUUCUCGGCCUCGCUGCCACCGUUGUUGCUCUGCCUCCCAUGGCUCCCUCUGCCGGCGGCAUGGGCGCUGGUAACGGUGUUGGCAACAAGGGCAACACCCAGGUCCGCUUCCCUGUGCCUGACAACAUGACUGUCAAGCAGGCCCAGGCCAAGUGCGGUGACCAGGCUCAGCUCUCCUGCUGCAACAAGGCCACCUACGCUGGUGACACCACCGAUGUCAACUCUGGCAUCCUCGGCGGUACCCUCAGCAACCUCAUCGGUGCUGGUUCCGGUGCCGACGGUCUUGGUCUCUUCAACCAGUGCUCCAAGCUGGACCUCCAGAUCCCCAUCAUUGGUAUCCCCAUCCAGGACCUGGUCAACCAGAAGUGCAAGCAGAACAUUGCCUGCUGCCAGAACUCUCCUUCCAGCGCCUCGAACUCGGCAUCGAUGUCUCUUGGUGUCGGGGGUGUGAGCGUCAUCUGCAAUGGUGUCGACUUUUGUUACGAGGUUGGCAUCACGGCCCCCGGUCUGCUUGACGCUAGCUCAUGGACAUCUUUUCUCUGCAUGGUCGGUCUCCUAGCCCCUGAAAAAAAUGCGUAUGAAUCCAGAGAUAGCGACCCUUCUUACCUCAUCCACACUCACAUCUCUCGUCAAAUCGUCAGUGCAAUCAAGGUCUUCCGCUUCACUCUUGUCCUCGUCGAUUUGCCAUCGUCGGUGACUUCUCACGUCUUGUUGGCAAAGAUGAAUGGGACUUCCUCUAUUCAUUCCCACCCGAGGGCGCGCAGUGAUGACCCCGGCAUGCAAGUUGUACCGGGCAGUGAAAAAGAGGCCAUUUCCAAUGACUUUCCGAUCUAUGUUUUCGGACCAGAACGACCAGCUAAGGAGGAGCAAGUGAAGUUGCACAGUCCCAAGAAGACAGUAUGUGGACUGAAGCCGAUGGUGUUCUGGGCACUCUUGGCCGUUGCACUGCUGGUGAUCAUUGGCGGCGCAGUAGGUGGUGGUAUCGGAGGAACACUUGCAACUCGACACACUUCAGAGGCAUUCCAAACGAGCGCCUCCUCAUCAAUUCUACCCUCAACCAUGUCAAGAUCAACAACAACGUUGGAAACCUCAACUACCAAGCUUGUCUCCACCAUCAGCUCCGCCCCCGUCUCAUCCGGUACAACAGGAAUAGCUUCAAACCCGUGUCCCGGGAGAAAUUUGACCACAGUUACCGGCUCAGACGGGUCGGUAUUCACACUAUUGUGCGCAGUCGACUGGCCCAGCGGAGUUGAUGCCUCAUCUGGUCAUGGAACGGUUUACGAUCUUAACCGGUCAACGCGAUAUACGCUCGGCUCUUGCAUUGCCGACUGUGUUGAUUGGAAUGACGAUGUCGCGAAUGAUUCCAAGUGCAAAGGAAUCGUGUAUACCGCCAACUUGACUGCGGCAUUUGAGGGCGGGCAGGGUGGAAAUUGUUUCUUGAAGAGCGCGGUGGGGGUUUAUUUCCCGAAUAGCUAUGUGUCUAUGGCUGCGGGGAUCCUGGGAGGAUAG